UAUUUUAAACAUUUUUUCGUAGAAUGCAUACUAACAGAUAUUUCAAAGUUUCAAGUUAAAUGACUUACACUGUAUAUGCAAAAAUGAUAGAGGAAAAACUUUUUGUGGUGUAAGAAAUUUAUCUAAACAGGAAUUUGUGGCCAAGAGAUAAAAAUUUGCAACAAAUUUCGAAUACAAAAUAAAAAAACUUAUAAUAAAGAAUUAGUCUGUUUUCAAUUAAAAUUAAUUAUCUAUGACAAACACAGAAAACAAACAAUACUAUCUCCCAUGAUUACAUUAUUAAUUAAUUAGCUAAUAGGUAUAACAACAAAUACAUACCUACCUAAUUGUUUUUAUAACAAUGCCUACCAAUAUUUCCUUAAGGCACUCCAAAAUUAAACCAACACAUGGCGGCUUGCAAAGAAUAGUAAUAUUAUCGUUUAUUUAAUAACAAUGUGUUUUUAAUAGCAUAAGUUCGUUUAUACAAUCCUAAUUUAAUACUUCUUUUCCGACAAGUUGUUUAUGUCAGAUUUAAAAUGUUUCAUAUGAAUUAAUUAAAGAAAGUGAAUCAAGAAAAGUUUAGAUAACUUUUGAGGUUUUCUAAUGUAGGUUCCACCCAGCGAAGUUUGCAUUGAAAAUGGGAAUUUACAGCGAUUUGGUCGGUUAUCAAUAAUGAUAAGCUUAAAACAACGAUAAUGUUAAUAGAGGCAACAUGACAGAAAUUAAAACAACCAUUCAACCUCCGAACAAAAGUAUAUUAGAUGUUAUUAAAAGUUGCGCCCAACAGGUUUCUGUGAUAAUUUGUACAUAUCUCCUAGGAAGAUUUAAUUUUUCCAUUCUAUGGGUUUUGGUGCCGACUUUAAUGUAUUUAAUUGAUAAAACAAGAAAGGAGAAAAUAAGACAAAAAAGUGAUUUUAUAAAAGAUUUAACGAAUAUUGGAGAAAAACAAAUUUUGGCAACCAUUAAUGAUUUACCACAAUGGGUUUUUUUCCCAGAAUUCGAAAGGACAGAUUGGCUAAACAAGAUAACCCAUCAACUGUGGCCGUACGUAAACCACUACGCAAAAGACCUGUUAACAGGAUUCGAAGACACCCUAAAGCAAACUUUGGAUGGUUACCAACUUAAAGGAUUCAAAUUUGAAAGGAUAGUCCUGGGAAGUCAACCAUUCAGAAUAGAGGGGGUCAAAGUUUUUCCAAAUGGGGCCAAGAGGGACGAAAUAUAUAUGGACCUAAAUGUUUCUUAUGCUGGUGAUUGUAACAUCACGUUUCAUUUGGCUAAACUGAAGGCUGGAAUAAGAAAUUUCCAACUUUAUGGAAAAUUAAGAGUGGUCCUGAAGCCUCUCAUUUCCUCUAUACCUUUGGUUGGAGGUGUGCAAGCCUACUUCAUGGAAAAUCCCGAAAUAGAUUUUGAUUUGUGUGGGAUUGCUCAAGUUUUAGAUAUGCCAGGAAUGAAUGAUAUAAUUCGAAAAGUCAUCUUAGACACCAUUGGAGGUAUGAUGGUGUUGCCCAAUAAGUACUUCUUAAAAUUAAGUGAUGAAGUUUCUGAAUGUGCCAUAGUUGAUUUACCAAAAAGCGCCUUAAGAGUCCAUGUUGUGGAAGCCAGAGACCUACUAAAAAAAGAUAUCAAAAUCUUGGGCAAAGGAAAAUCCGAUCCUUACGUAAGACUUAGGUUGGGAUCACAAGAGGUCAAGUCGAAAGUCAUUGAUGACACUCUUAACCCACAGUGGGACGAAUGGUUUGAAUUUAAGCUUUUGGAGCUCUCUGGACAUUAUUUGUACAUUGAUUUAUGGGAUAAGGAUUCUACAGAGGAUGAAUUCUUAGGAAGUUGUGUUAUUGAUAUAGACACCAUUAUAAAAAAUGUGGAAGUGGAUUCAUGGAUACAACUAGAAAAAGUAAAACAUGGGAUGAUACACUUAAGGAUGACUUGGUUAACUUUAAGUACAAAUUAUAAAGACCUACAAGCAGCGUUAGAAGAAACACAAUUGUUAAGAGUAACAAAACUGAGCUCCUGUUUGUUAAGUGUAGUGGUAGACUCAGCAUCCAACCUUAGUCCUGUUAGAAGUAACAUAAACCCAGAUCCCUACGCCAUUGUUCAACUGGGUAAAUCGCAGUAUGAGACUAAAGUACAAGAAAAGACCAUCAACCCUGUAUGGGAAGAGAACUUUACCUUCUUCGUGAUUAAUCCCAAUUCGGACGAAAUCAACAUUUCCAUAAUCGAUCACAAAACCGACACGAACUUGGGAAAAUUGUGCUUUAAGGUGAAAAAUUUGGGGGAAAAAGAAAAUUUGGAGAUACUGCAAAGAUCCUUCAAAAUGAACACCGGGGUGGAAAUUGUAUUAUCUAUGCAUUUAAGGAUAUUUAAGAAGUUUGAGCCUAUAGUCAAUGUAUUGGACGAUUUGUUUGAGGAAGAACCUAAACCACUAGAAAAUCAUUCUAGAUCACCAUCUAUUGCAUCUUUAGUUCCAGAAAAAAAAAAUACUUUUGUUAAACAAGACUCCACUGUAAGUAGUAAUUCUUUAAGCAAUUCUGUGAUAAGUGAAAUUGAGGAGAGACUUCUUAUAACGCACCCUGAAGGAAAGUUUGGAAGGAUACGAUUGACCCUAAGAUACAGUCCUCCCAGGCAAAGACUUAUAAUAGUUGUGCACAAUGUCGAAAAUAUUCCAUAUAAAAAUCCCGAUGACUUGCCAAAUAUGUACGUAAAAAUAUACCUUUUGCCUGGAAGGGACAAGGAUAGUAAGAGAAAAACCAAAAUUCAUAAACGCACCCUGGUCCCAGUUUUCGACGAAACAUUUGAAUAUUUGAUAUCACAGGGAGAAUUGUCCACAAAACAAAUAGAAAUUUCAUUGGUAGAGGAUAAAGUUAUGAAAAAUCCUUUAUUGGGAAAAGUAAUCAUUGAUUUAAAGAACUUUGAUUCGACAACAAGCCUGACUGAUUGGUUUAAUUUUACACAUUACAAAGAAUAAAUUUGCCUGGAGAGGACUUUUUUAUUUAAGUAAUUGUAAAGUUUCUACCUUUUGUAAAAUAUAUAUAUUUCGC